UAAUGUGAAUAGGUAACAUAAUCCUGCUAAUUUUAGCAUCUCCUUGCGCUGUCUGGCAACACUGUGCGGCGCGUGUGUGUUGUGUUGUGUUCCUCCUCAAACCUCGGCGCGGCGCGGCGAGGACCUGGCGCCCUGCCCCAGCCACCCCGGCACAGGACGAGAGGACGGGCCCUUGCUGCUGCUGCUGACGGGCACGACGGGUCCUUGCUGCCGCCGCCUGUGUCGACACUACUGACGCCCCGUGACCAGACACGUCCUGGGCGGCCUGCCAGCACGCGUGAGGACAGCACAGGAACAGCUGCCUAAUGGAGGACCCCAUUGAAUUUGUGAAGGUGGAAGUGAAGGAAGAGCCAAUGGACCACCAGGGGUCAUCCAGCCACUUCCCUUCCUCCUCAGGAGUGGAUGGAGUCAGGAGUCGUUCAGGGGAUGUCAAAGAGGAGGAGGUUUGGAUCAAGGAUGAGCCCUUUGAGGAGGUGGACCCAAACGCUGUCAACACCACCACCUUUACUCCCAAGCCUGAAAGCACUGGGGCCAAGGACUCUGCCCAACACAAGAGCAAGCCCCACACAGCUGAAGGCAGCACGGCACCACUGCAUGUGACCACCGCAGCGCUGCCGCAGGAGACAGCCACAGACCAGGAUGACAGCGGCUCAGACAGUGACGAGGCGGCUGAACUUGAGGGGGAGAGUAGUGUUGGAGGAUGCACGAUGGAGAGCGGACGCACCAGUCAGAGCGUUUCUACAAAACCCACGUCAUCUGGAGUCACCUCAACUAAGAAGAGAGGAAUGAAGCGAGACCGCAAUGGUACUGCUGCUGCUAGCAAUGAUGCCCCAGGUCCUUCAGGUUACAGGCCCGCACCCCGCCAACGUCCUCUUAACCUGGAUAAAUAUUUGAAUCUACUGUUUCCUACGGACGACAACGACAAUGACGUCUACGACUCUGUAUUUGAUCUUGACAGUGACAGCGACACGGACAGUGAAAGUGACAGUGACAGUAACAGUGAACUGAGUGAAGGUGAGGACGACCACCUGAACAGAGAGGUGCCAUUGCUUGAGACCCCAGACUUUUCAUUUGCCUGGUCAGAAGGGUCAGACUUCGUACCAGACCUGCACGAGUUUUGCUCUGACAGGAGUGGGUUGACGAAAGACUGGCCUUGCAACGACCAGGCAAAUGAGAGUGACUUUCCGCGCCUUCUUGGAUGA